AUGGAUCUCCCUUUGGAUCCUCAGUUGACUGUCCCGGAUCUUCUGGUGGCAAAGGAGCUACUUGCACAGAAUGAUUGCGACAAUGAGCCCAGAAACAGCAAUGAUACUAUGAGAAAGCUGAAGGCCCUGAACGAUGCUAGCGAUCCAGAGUUUGAUCCUACAGUCUUUCAAUUCUGGGAAACAAACUACCUUCGACGAAAGCUGCCCCAUCCCAUUCGACAGUAUCUGUUGGAGCCAUAUGUUCGCUGGGCUCAGAAGGUCGCACGUUUUCCUACAGACGUUGUGAUGAUCACACAUCUCCUGCUCUACUUGACGACUUCAAUCCCAAGCGCGCUUUUUCUCUAUUAUUAUCACUUUACCUGGAUUCAUGGCCUUCUCCACUGGAUCGUGCAUGUAUGGUAUGCUGGCAGCUACACGCUCAUGAAGCAUCAAUAUGUCCACAUGAAAGGCGUGCUCUCUUCUCAAUACCAGUUGAUCGACACGCUCUUCCCGUAUCUCGUUGAUCCCUUCGUGGGCCACACCUGGAAUUCUUACCAUUACCAUCAUGUCAAGAUGCAUCAUGUUGAAGGCAAUGGCCUCCGAGAUCUCAAUUCAACAAUGUGGUAUGAUCGAGACUCGAUCGCUGAUUUUUCACGCUAUGUUGCGCGAUUUUUCUUCCUGGUAUGGUUAGAUCUCCCACUAUAUUUUCUCAGAAAGGGGCAAUACUCCACUGCAUUCAAGACUGCAUUCUGGGAUAUCGGCAACUACGCUGCCAUCGCCUUAUUGUUUCGAAAUGGCCAUGCCCAGGCCACGUUUUGUGUCUUCGUUUUGCCACUCGUGACGCUUCGCGCGGGAUUGAUGGCCGGCAACUGGGGUCAACACGCAUUUGUGGACCCGAGCGAUCCUUCGUCCGAUUUUCGAUCCAGUGUAACCCUGAUCGAUGUAGCGAGUAAUCGGUUCUGCUUCAACGACGGAUACCACACUUCUCACCAUCUCCAUCCGCGCCGCCAUUGGAGAGAGCACCCACUAGCACUGUUGCGCGAUCAAGAUCGCUAUGCGGACGAGCGGGCGCUAGUCUUUCGAAAUGUGGAUUACAUGAUGCUGACUGUGAAAUUGCUUCAGAAGGACUACCUGCACCUGGCCAGGUGCAUGGUCCCAAUUGGUUGGGAACAGAGAAAGAUGAGUCUGGAACAACGCGCAGAUAUGCUGCGGAGUCGGACCCGACGGUUGCCCGAUGCGUAUUUGAAAAGACACAAGUCCAAAAACCGAUGA